GACAAAACCAGAAAAGAAAAAUCAUACCCAGGGCUAGACCUAGCAACAAGUCUGUUGCAUGCGUAGCGUCAGACCCCCGAGCUGCAGCCCAGAAAAGUAGACUUAUGGAAAACUGCUUGCGCCUCAGAGCCUGACCCAGCUGCAGGCUUCACCUCUGUAGGGGACAUGCAGUUUGGGAUCCAGGCGGAGGAGAAAGGAUUUGCUGCCGGCUUUUCCUGGCUGAAGUUUCUCUUGUGGGCCCAGCAUCUGCAGAACAGGGUGAUGAGGUUAGGAGCCCAGCUGCUAGGGGAGCUGUAGUGUUCAGAUAGGCAGCUGUGCCUUUGUGCCGGCCACCUAGGAUGCUCAUCCUAUCUCCAACUGCUAUGGACAACGGGUCCUGCUGUCUCAUCGAGGGGGAACCCAUCUCCCAGGUGAUGCCUCCUGUACUCAUCCUGGUCUUCGUGCUUGGCGCCCUGGGCAACGGCAUUGCCCUGUGCGGUUUCUGCUUUCACAUGAAGACCUGGAAGUCAAGCACUAUUUACCUUUUCAACCUGGCCGUGGCGGAUUUUCUCCUCAUGAUCUGCCUGCCCCUUCGGACAGACUACUACCUCCGACGUAGACACUGGAUUUUUGGAGAUAUUCCCUGUCGCCUGGUCCUCUUCAAGCUGGCCAUGAAUAGGGCCGGGAGUAUUGUCUUUCUCACUGUGGUGGCUGUGGACAGGUAUUUCAAAGUGGUCCACCCCCACCAUAUGGUGAAUGCCAUCUCCAAUCGGACGGCAGCCGCUGUUGCCUGUGUCCUCUGGACUCUGGUCAUCUUGGGGACUGUGUAUCUUCUGAUGGAGAGUCACCUGUGUGUACAGGGAACGCUGUCUUCCUGUGAGAGCUUCAUCAUGGAGUCAGCCAACGGGUGGCACGAUGUCAUGUUCCAGCUGGAAUUCUUCCUGCCCCUUACUAUCAUCUUGUUCUGCUCGGUCAAAGUUGUUUGGAGCCUGAGACAGAGGCAGCAGCUGACCAGACAGGCUCGGAUGAGGAGGGCCACUCGGUUCAUCAUGGUGGUGGCUUCUGUGUUCAUCACGUGUUACCUGCCCAGCGUGCUGGCCAGGCUCUACUUCCUCUGGACGGUGCCCUCCAGUGCCUGUGACCCCUCUGUCCACACAGCCCUCCAUGUCACCCUGAGCUUCACUUACCUGAACAGCAUGCUGGAUCCCCUUGUAUACUAUUUUUCAAGUCCCUCGUUCCCCAAACUCUACGCCAAGCUCAAAAUCUGCAGCUCGAAACCCAAACGCCCAGGACGCUCGAAGACUCGGGGGUCAGAAGAGAUGCCAAUUUCAAAUCUCUGUCGUAAGAGCUCCAUCGAUGUGGCAAAUCGUUCCCAGAGGCCAUCUGACGGGCAGUGGGAUCUCCAAGUGUGUUGAAUGCCGUUAAGACAAACAGCCCAACAAACGAGGCAGAGAAAUGGGCAACUGUGAGUUAAAUCUGAAGGGUGGGGGACUUGAAAUGCCCCCACUCUUUCUCAGCUGUAUCCUUCUCACUCAGGUAGAAAUGGAAUCCACGUCGCUCAACCCUUUCCAGAAGGUUCCAAAUGAAUUGGUUGUGUUUAAAUACUCUGACUGCAAUGAUGCGUAGAAGAAGACCACGUGCAUGUAGUCGAUGAUAAAUAAACAGUCGCCGGAUGACUAUAAUCACUCCAAACGUGAAUCUUUGGCUACACGUGCUCAAUAAUGACUUACUACA